CGGUGACGCUAGCGCUUUCAUUUCUUUCGGCUGAGGUGACUAAGAUGGAAGCGUUUUGGGAGUCACGGGCUGGCCACUGGGCUGGGGGUCCGGCUCCGGGGCAGUUUUACCGCAUCCCGUCCACCCCCAGCGGCCUCAUGGACCCGGCGUCCGCGCCCUGCGAGGGGCCCAUCACUCGGACCCAGAACCCCAUGGUGACUGGGACAUCGGUACUCGGGGUGAAGUUCGACGGCGGAGUGGUGAUUGCUGCAGACAUGCUGGGCUCCUACGGCUCCCUGGCUCGUUUCCGCAAUAUCUCUCGUAUUAUGCGGGUCAACGACAGCACUAUGCUGGGUGCGUCGGGAGACUACGCGGAUUUCCAGUAUUUGAAACAAGUUCUCGGCCAGAUGGUGAUUGAUGAAGAGCUGUUGGGAGAUGGACACAGCUAUAGCCCCAGAGCUAUUCAUUCAUGGUUGACAAGAGCCAUGUACAGCCGCCGCUCCAAAAUGAACCCCCUGUGGAACACCAUGGUCAUUGGAGGCUAUGCUGAUGGAGAAAGCUUUCUCGGUUAUGUGGACAUGCUUGGUGUAGCUUAUGAAGCCCCUUCGCUGGCCACUGGUUAUGGUGCAUACUUGGCUCAGCCUCUGCUUCGAGAAGUUCUAGAGAAGCAGCCAGUGCUGAGUCAGACUGAGGCCCGGGAGCUUGUGGAGCGCUGCAUGAGAGUGCUGUACUACCGAGAUGCCCGUUCGUAUAACCGGUUUCAAAUUGCCACUGUAACAGAAAAGGGUGUUGAGAUAGAAGGACCACUGUCAGCACAGACCAACUGGGACAUUGCUCACAUGAUCAGUGGCUUUGAAUGAAAUCCAGAUGAAAGUGUUGAAGCUUUGCUCUUCUAAACGUGACUGUAGUUGGCUCGAAGGCAGACUUUUGUAAAAUAAAUCAGUCGUUUGAAGUGUU